AUUCCAGUUGUCACCAUAUAUGGAGCGGCAUUUCUCAUCGGAUUAAUAGGAAAUACUUUAGUAAUUUUUGCCAUGUUAGGUGACAGAAAAUCAAGAAGUGUAACGGCAUCUUUUAUGGUCAGUUUGGCCAUAGCAGAUCUGCUUUACCUAAUGGUAUGUGUACCAUUUGAAACUUCCAGAUAUUUUAUAGGACAUUGGGAAAUUGGACCGUUUUUAUGUAAAUUAUCGGGAUAUGUAGAAAUGUUAUCAGCCUUGGCGUCAGUUUUAAAUUUAACGGCGGUAUCAAUAGAAAGAUAUACAGUUAUAGUUCAUCCAAUAUUGUCAAGAGCCUGGUGUACAUUGGGUAAUACCAAAAAGAUUCUUCCUGGAGUUUGGUUGAUUGCUCUGUUAUUAUCCUCGCCAACAUUCCAUGUUAUGGUAGAGAGGAAUGUAUUCUAUAAAAAUGAAACUUCUGUGAUUAUGAUAUAUUGUGCAGAUAUUGGUAUUGAAAAACCAGAUAGACUUGUCUUUGCUAUAUAUCAGUUUUUAGUGAUGUUUGUUGCUCCUACAAUUAUUUUAUUCUUCUGUUAUGUAUUUGUUAUUCAUUCAUUAUGGAUAAUUCCUGAAAACCCGUCCAUUUCUAGACAUUUCCAUAUUAGAUCAAGACGCAGUUUAGUUAAUAAAGCCACCCGUGAACAUAGUGUAGAAGUUCUCAGGGCUCGAAAACAGGUGUUAAAUUUAAAAACCACGUACCCUUGGCGGUGCGGUCAAAACUUCAUAAAACAGGUUAUUAAAAUGUUAAUAACUAUUAUAAUAGUGUUUCUGGCUUGCUGGGGACCAAAGUUAAUGUUCCGUGUUUUACAGAGAAUGAACGUCAAUAUAUUUCAUCAGUCAAUUGUUUUAGAAUGUUUACCAUAUAUUCAAUCGUGCCUCAAUCCUAUUAUUUAUGGUUUCAUGUCAAGAAACUUUAGAAAAAGUAUGCAG